UAUUGCGGACGACAAUAGCAACAGUUUCCGGCAUUGUGAAAGCCAUGCAUGUCAGAUUUGUGCUAGAAUCGCAUAUCGUAGGUUGGAUGUCUCUUCGUAGACAUGCAUUUAUUUUAAAUGACAUCAUCGAUUUUUUUAACUUCACUUUUAAUAUCUAUAUAUUUUUAUCUAUAGCACCUAUAGUUUAAGCGAGCCCAGCUACAUACAUAUUUUGUAAUGUUCAUGCUUUGAUCAGCAAUUUUUAACAAUAUCUAUUUAUCAAAUACUCAGUGCAUGAAUGGGAUUAGGCAGCAGAAACAGCCUAGUUUAGCUCUCCCCCAGGGUUAUAUAAUAUAUUAGAUCACAAACAGCUUAAGUUCUGUAUUGGGUUUAGAUCACUUUAAAAUACCCAGCAUGCACAUCCCAUGGGGAUCCGAUUUAGAAUAGGUCCUCAUUAUUCCUUGCUUGUCGUAAGAGGUGACUAAAUGGGGUGGUCAAAUGAGACAACAAAACCGAGGCCCCCUGUCACAGCAGGUGUGGCACAAUAAAGAUCCCUCCCUGCUGAAAAUGCCAUAUUAUCUUUUUGACCAUUAUGUAAAAUGAGUCACAAAAAACAUGAGAAACAAGAAUUGCCAAAUGGUUGGGUCGUUAAGCAGUCUAGGACAUAUCAGGACAGGGUAUACUAUUUCAAUACCUUGACAGGAGUGUCAACAUGGGAUAUGCCUGCAUUCCUUAAACCAUAUCUAAAAUCAUCUGUAAACAAGUCCUCCAGUAAACAUGUUGUGAGUAGUCGAUCACAUCCAGGAACAAUACCAGCCCCUGUAGAAGCUCGGGUAAAUAUUCAGGAGGCCCAGUUUUCGCCAACUCAGGACAGUGAUGAUGACAAUAGCUUGGAACUCGAUGUGUCACAUGAUAGAGCAGAUUUUCGUGAAAGCAAUCCUGCUCAUUUGAUGGUCAGUGGAUCAGGAAGUUUGCAUUUAGAUGACAACAAACAAAUUCAUUCACUGGACAGUGUGAAACAUCAGGUUAAAACUGAUCCAGUGACUGAUCUAUGUCUAGUUAACUCACAAAUUCCAGCUUUGGAAAAAUCUUUAAAAUCUUCCAAUGAAAUUCUUUCAAAAUCUUAUCAACCAGCCUCGGGUAAAAAAGUUCAGACUGAUGGAUCACCUGUUGCCACAAGUGUACAUACACAAAACCAUAAAGCAUCAGCUUCAAACAGUACUGCAGUCGCUGAAAAUUCUAGUAAAUCAGAGAAAACCCCCAGAAAACUGAUUAGACUUUCAACAGGAAAGGCAUCAUAUGAAAAAGUGUCAAAUCUGAAGAGAAGUGCUGAGUCAUUAUCACAAAAUGAACAGAAAAAGAAACAUUUGAAAACAGACAGAUCGGGGGAAGCAGAUUUCUCUGACACCAGAAAAGUUGUGAAAAGGUCUCCAUCAUCAACUUUGGACACUUGUAACCUCUCCCCUAGAGAAUCAUCUCCAGACUAUUUACUUCUAAAUGACCCCAAAAAGCGCGAGGACAUUCAGUCAUGGAUCAAUCGGCUGGAAUCGGAUGACCCACCAUCAGAUUCAAUCGGUGAUUUCUUGGAUCAGAAUCUGGAACGAGUCAUACCAAAUUCUGGAGUCCUUGGUUUAAAGUCUGAUAAUCGUAAAGUGAUAGUUCGGUCCAGUGAAAGUGGAUGCUUAUCAUUGGGUGAAACAAGCAAUCUCAACAACAUCACCAUGACAAUAAAAAACGAUGGUCCUGUAAAAAAAGCUGUGGUCAAUCCAUGGAAAGGUGUCCAUGAAAAUCCUGUUCCCGUCCACCAUAACCGACGAGAAGAAAUAAGCAUGGAAAUUGAUGAAAUCCAGCAGGUGCUUACUAAAGAGGAUGAAAGAGAGAUUGAGGAAAUGGAUGUAUCAGACAUUGUGCUGAAAGAAGUCAGAGACUCAGUGAGGAAAUGUCCAAGUGAAGUAAUAGGAAAAUUGACACAAGUGUUCACCUCAGAUCAGCCUGGACAUAUUGAAAGUGUAGACCAGGGUUUGUACAUUGUUGUUGACACUAAUGUGUUCAUCAGUAAUUUGUCAUUUGUGGAAGAUCUCAGGGACUACAGCUUUGAAAACCUUGGACUUCCUGUUUUAGUCAUUCCUUGGGUUGUAAUGCAGGAAUUAGAUGCUCUGAAGUCCAACAAAUCAUCUGUCGCUUCUAUGUCGAUGAAGAUUGGAAAAUGUGCUCGAGCUGCUGUUGGUUAUAUCUAUCAGUGUUUUCAAGACAACCAUCAGAGAGUAAUAGGUCAGAGUGCAAUACAGGCCUCUGCUGCAUCUGAAGAAUUCCAAGCUGAGUGCAAUGAUGAUAGGAUUCUGCAGACCUGUUUGCAGUGUCAGAAAAUCAGAAUGAACUCAACUGUUGUAUUGUUAACUAAUGAUAAAAACCUCCUGAGUAAGGCCAAGAUAUGUAAAAUCCAAGCAUUUGACAGAUAUCUUUUGAUAAAUGGAAUAAAGUCUGUUCAACCUAUCCGUCCCAAUCAAUUACCGGUAAUAAGCAAGAAUAUUCCUCCAACUGUCCCGAGCAAGUCUGUACAGAAGCCAUCCCAGUCUGAUACCCAAUCUUCUCAAGAUACCACCUCAAAAGUCAUCAAUCAUUUGUUGGACGAGAUGCUCUGCAAACUGAAAAUGUGGCUGAAGAAUGCUCUGUCCAGUGUGUUGGAACGUGAAAUGAAGGCAGCGUAUGACGAUAUCUGGUUAGAGAUCGUCUUCCGGAAGCCUCCAUGGACCCUUUCUGAUGUACUUGAAUGCUUCAAGAAGCACUGGAUUGCGGUGUUUGGCCAGAUCUUCAAGAGAAGUUUAAGUACUGUAGUAGACAGACUCUGUGCCAGAUUUAAACCUGUUACUCAUUUCCAGUUGAGCUUGGAAAUCCUCCUGUACCUGUUGAAUGAUUGUCUGGAGUUUUUAGAAGAAUGCAAUAAACACUACAAGGAUGAUCCCUCUGUUGUUGCUGCAGUAACAGGGAUGAAGAAAUGUCAAGGACUCUGUCGUGACCUCAAGAUUGGCAGUGUCAAGGUCAACAGUCUAGAUGCUUUUCUGGAGGGAAAGCAAUUUGACACUGAAUCAAAGCCCAAGGAGUGUAUGGACAAAAACAAGAAUAAGGUAGACCACUUAAGUAUAGAGGACGUAGAAUCCAAAUUGACCAAUAUCUGGGAUGUUGUUUAUUUCUGCUGUGAGGACUUCCAGAAAGUGGUGGAUAACAGGAGAAAAAAUGGCAGUACAGAUCCUGAUCAGCUACAGAAAAUGUUACUGGUGUUCCAGAAACUAAUUCCAGCGCUGGAUGGAAUUAGAUAUGAAUAUGAACAGGCAUUGAGGUUCAGUCCCAAGGAAAUCACAGAUAAAGCAGCUCUUGUUCAUGGACUGUGUGUUCAGUUGAAUAGCUUCUACAUCAGAUUAAAUUUGGAGGCCAAAGAUGGUAAUUUAGACGUGACUAAUUUACAAGCACUAUUUGCAAUGGAGAGCAAGAGGCAAAUGCUGAAAGAUGGACUAGAUCACUUGGACAAAAUGAUCCAUAAGAUUCAUGAACAAGUCAGAAUGAGUCAGGAAUAGAAAGGUUGUCCAGAGACAGAUUGGCAGCCUAGUAAUGGAUGAAGACCUUUCACAAGCUUAACAGAUGUAAGCAAGAUUGUAUAAAAUUGAAAAUGUCACUUUCCUCAAUACUUUUGUUUGAGAAAAAGGAGACAUAUAAUUUGAGGAAUUAGUGCUAUGGAAGUUUGUUACUCAUCUAUAUACAUUGUAUGUGUAUGUGUGGGAGGGAAAAUCUGUGUACAUAAUGAAUGCAUUCUGAUAGUUGAGAAUUUCUGUCAUAACCAUGUUCAUCUUUGAUUAUUGUUCAAUGUAUAUAAUGUGUUAUAUUCAUGCUUUCAGUUAAUUACCAGUUGUCAGUAUUUUAAGAAAAAGGUUGUCCAAGAUUGUUCGUUUACCUUUUUAGAUAACCUCAGUGACGUGCAUUGCUUAGUGUAAUAUUGAUGACUAACUUGUUAUUACGCUUUGUUCCAUCUCAUCAUGAGAUCAGUGAUAUUCAUGUAUUCAUGAAUAUGGUGCUAAUUUCAUUAUCACAAAAUUCAAACUAUCAAAGACACGAACAGGUAAUAAAAUCCUCAACACAUGUACAUACAGUUAGGUUUGUGUAUUCUAUCUGUAAGACUUUUUUGCUAAUAUCAUUUUAUCUUGGAGAGGAACUCUUGAAGUUUUACACUUAGAUUUAAGGACAUGCGGGACGAUAUGGCCAAAAGUAACUUGUCAAUGAAUAUUUUUUCUUUUUUUCAUGAAGCACCAUUGGGAUGUCCUUUACAAUGUUUAUAAAUUUCAUGACCACUUUCUAAGUUUACAAGGGAGGUAAUAAGCUUUGCAUUACCCCCCUUUUCGAAAAUUGUGAAUUUUCCAAGAUCAUUCCGAUUUUCAAUUAAAAAAAUAAUUUGAUGGAAUUUUCAUAUAUAUUUAAACCUAUUGAAACUCAUUGAAACAUUUAGAAUUUUCAUGAUUAGUGAACAAAAAUUGAGUUAAUGAAAAGAAAUAAAAUUUUUGAUUUUAAAAAAAAUAUGCAUGCAUAUAUUAUACACGACAUGGCUUCAGACAAAACGUCUAGCUCUACAAUUCUUCUUCCUUCAAACCACGGGGUUAGAUCUAAUUAACAUCAAUAUAAUCUACUACUUCGUUCACAAAAUCAACAGCACUUCCGCGGCCAUGGGAGCUUGGGUAGUGUUGCUUAACUUGAUCGUCUCCAUGCUAUUUUCAAAGAAUUUAUGUGUCACACAUGUUUUGAUUUUGCACCUUUUUCUUUUUCACACGUCUGCUUCUCGCAUACAUUCCGACGUGUGUCAUAUUUUUUUUUACAUUAGUUACCAUUUCCACAGCAGUGUUUCGUAAAGUUAGUAAAAAUGAUUUGAAA